GCGACUCCCUGUGCCCGACUCCUCUGCCCCUCUGCUCCUCCUUAUUGCCUCCCUCCCUGCCCUCUGCCCCCCCCCCCCAGCCUAACUGCCCCUGCCCGGGGGUAACAAUCAGCCGAAUCUCCCUCACCCCCCCCUCCCUCCCCGGACUCUGCAGCAAUAGGGGGAGUCUCCGGGAGAGAAGGAGAGAGUAAGGGGACCUGGGAAGGACAAGAGGGGGCUCAGCCGGGGAAAGGCUGACACAAAAAGGACAAGGAAGGAGGAGGAGGAGGAGGGAGAAGAAGAAGGGCAAGUUGGGGGAUUGGAAGAGGAGGGCAGCGUGAUUUUCCUGGAGGGUGGGGGGGAGCGGGGCCCCUGCAGAGCAGCAGAAGGUGGAGAGCUGGUGUGCGACUGAGCGAGGUGCAAUUUCCACGCAGGAAGCAUGAGGGAUCGGACCCAGGAGCUGAGGAGCGCUAAAGAUAGCGACGAUGACGAGGAGAUUGUGCACGUGGAUCGGGACCAUUUUAUGGAUGAAUUCUUUGAGCAGGUGGAGGAGAUCCGGGGCUGCAUUGAGAAGCUGUCAGAAGAUGUGGAGCAGGUGAAGAAGCAGCACAGUGCUAUCCUAGCUGCACCCAACCCUGAUGAGAAAACAAAGCAGGAGCUGGAGGAUCUCACCGCUGACAUCAAGAAAACGGCCAACAAAGUUCGUUCCAAGUUGAAAGCAAUUGAACAAAGCAUUGAGCAGGAGGAGGGAUUGAAUCGUUCUUCAGCUGACCUACGUAUCCGAAAAACCCAGCAUUCUACUCUGUCCCGCAAGUUUGUGGAGGUGAUGACAGAAUACAAUGCAACGCAGUCCAAGUACAGGGAUCGCUGCAAGGACCGUAUCCAGAGACAGCUGGAGAUCACUGGCAGAACAACAACCAAUGAAGAACUUGAGGACAUGUUGGAGAGUGGAAAGCUGGCAAUAUUCACAGAUGAUAUCAAGAUGGACUCCCAGAUGACCAAACAAGCUCUAAAUGAGAUUGAGACAAGACACAAUGAGAUCAUCAAGCUGGAGAACAGUAUCCGGGAGCUGCACGACAUGUUUGUAGAUAUGGCCAUGCUGGUGGAAAGUCAGGGGGAGAUGAUUGACCGAAUUGAGUACAACGUGGAACACUCUGUGGAUUAUGUGGAAAGAGCAGUGUCUGAUACUAAGAAAGCUGUUAAAUAUCAGAGCAAAGCGCGAAGGAAGAAGAUUAUGAUCAUAAUCUGUUGUGUAGUACUCGGUGUAGUCUUGGCUUCCUCUAUUGGAGGGACCCUGGGACUCUGAAAGAAUCCAAAUGCACAGAUUCAGAUAAAGGAAAGGAAGGGAAAAAGAAAAUAGUCAAUUAAGAAUACAAAACAAAAAAAAAGAAAUAAAAAAAAAAA